AUGCUGCUAGUCAGAUGUGCUUUCCAAUUCAUCGAGUCAUUUCGCAUCUGGCGACUAACGGCUCGAGUCAGUGUCUCUGCCUCUAAAGCGCUAUUCUCUGCAUUCGUAGACGAUGACGCCUCCUUCGCAUUGACGUCUGUCAUCUUGACUGGUUUGGCUACCUCGAUUUUGUCCCUCUUCUUCCUCAGCCAGCAUGUUCAUCCGACAAUCGCACCAUCGUCAUUGACCGCUGCGAUUAUCGAAGACAUCCGAUCACCAAGCCAUGAUCUGAUUGACCCCUCCAUGGGAAUUUCAUGUAUGUCUUCUGGCCUGCCAUUGAGCAUGAUAUUUGAGAAUGGCUUGAACGCAGCCAAAGGCACUCGGACAAGCUCUGCGAUAAUAUUGGGCGAGGAGUGA